AUGAUCAAGAUCUGGAGUAUGAAGAAGGAGGAAGAGUCGGCAAAGAAGAAGAAGCCAAAGACCUCGCCAGCACAGCUUCGUGUCCAGAAAGACCUCACCGAACUCGAAUUGCCAAAGACGAUGAAAACCGACUUCCCCGACCCAGCAGACGUGCUCAACUUUACUCUCACAAUCGAGCCAGACGAAGGCAUGUACAAGACCGGAUCUUUCAAAUUCACUUUCGCCAUCAACAACAAUUAUCCACACGAUCCCCCCAAGGUCAAAUGCGUUCAGAAGAUCUACCAUCCCAACGUCGACCUCGAAGGCAAUGUCUGUCUCAACAUUCUCCGCGAAGACUGGAAGCCCGUCCUCAACCUCAACUCGGUGAUGGUCGGUCUGCAGUACUUGUUCCUCGAGCCCAACGCUGACGACCCAUUGAACAAAGAGGCGGCAGAAGAUCUUCGCAAGGAUCGAUCUACGUUUGCAAGCAAUGUCCGCAGGAGUCUCGCCGGCGGCUCCGUCAAGGGAACGUCGUAUGACAGGGUCCUUGUCAAGUGA